AUGUCUUCCGUAGCGCGGCCCCCCGAACCGUGGCUGGUCGCCAUUAUCCUGGUGGUACAAUCACGCGCGGGGCCUCGUUACGUCUUUCACACCCCGGCCAACCCAGACCUUGAGAAGCUGCUCGGCCCCAGCUCUCGUCGCGGCAAAGCCACGAAUGACUCCGACCCCGAUGAAGAGAGCGAGUCCAGCUCUGACGAAGACGACGAGCCCAGCGUGCUUGGUGGCACGCCGGGACCGCGCCAGAACACCGCAAAUACCGACGACAACGCUUCCACCGCGACCUCAUCCGUCGGCGGGGACUCGCAGCGUCCGCCGUCCCUCAACUCUGGGAAAACAAGGAAGAAAACCGCCAACUCCGAUGUGGAGGAAAGUCCUGAUUUGACGGCGACUGGGAGAGGGGGUAAUGCCUCAGUUGCGAACAGUCGCGCAUCAUGGGACUCCGUGUUUGGGCUGCCGUCAGAUGUAUGGGAGAAGCUGUUGAGUCCGUCGCGGACAUGGCAUAAAAGACGAUUCGAGGUGGGCAUCAAUGAUCUGGCGUUUGUCGGCUGGCCUGUCUUUGUGCGCGACGAUGGCCAUUGGCGGAAAAAGAGGAGGAGGAAAAAGAAGAAGCCAAAGAGUGUUUCGGUAAAACACGAGUCUAAUAACAAGGAUGAGAACGAUGAGUCGGCAGAGGAGGACUCUGAAAACGAUACAAAAGAAGAUCCUUCUAAUGAUGAUGGAGAUGAGAAGCGACGAGAUGCAUGCAAUCGACAAGAUCAGCCAGGCACGACAGAGGCAGAUAAGGAUUCAAUGACGAUGUUCAAUGUUGUGUUUGUUAUGGCGCCUCCGCAGCUGGAGUAUUCCGUGCAUUUGAAAGAGAUGUACGAGCAUGUCACCAAGAAGUUCAGCAAAGCUUUGAAAUACGAACAAGACCAAUCGGACUAUGUGUGGAAGGAAGCGCAGCAUAUCCUGCAGAUCAAGGAAAGGGCGCGCGAGAGAGAUGUUUCUGCAGAAGGUGUUCACGAGGAACUUGUCUCUAAAUCAUCGCUCGCAGCAGCUAUUCACUCGGUUUUUGAUAAGAUUUCUAAAUCGGAUAUUGCUUUUGUAUCACUCAAGUCACGCACGGCUGAUUUCCAGAUCCCUCCGACUACGUCUAUAUCAGAAUUGCCUCUUGCAAGCGAUCCCUCGUUAGCGGGCAUGUGGCUCACGACUGCCAACAGCGUUACAGCCGAACAUGACCCUGGGCUUGAGGCUCCAAACCAGGUGCUGGCCAAGCAUUUUGCGUUGUUGCUUCUCGAGAGCGAAGCAAGCAUCUUGGAAGCAUUAAAGGGGAGCGAGCUGGCACCGGUGCUUACACAUUACAUCCGCUCCUCUAAACCCAACAAAUCCUUUGCUCAAAUUUCAGCACAUUCCGGGAUCCCUCUUGAUACGAUCCAUGAUUUGGCUCAGCAUUUGGUUUAUUGGAGGCGUGCUCGAGCUAUACCACCACUACAUCAACGAGAUACCUAUAUCGUCUCACCGAACUGUGAUUUGAGUCAGCUUAAACGUGCUACGUUGGCCUACGCCGCAGCAUUUCCUACACUUCCCAGUCUGCCCAAGAUGCUUUCGGCGCUCAGUGGAACACCGCGGUCGUAUGCCAGUUUCAUUCCGAGCAAGGACCACAAGGAAACAUACUUUGCUAUCCUUGCGUGGCUCCUGCGGGGCGGGUGGGUGACGCAGCUGCGAUGUUUCGCGAGAGUCAAGGUGACGCCCGAGAUCAAGAUCGCAGUCGACAGGGCAGAGCGGAAAGCACAAGUCGAAAAAUACAUGUCUCGGUCUACAGGCUCGUCGACCAACGACGAUGCAGCUAGCUCCGACGAUGACGGGGGAAGUUCAUCGUCGUCGUCUUUGGACAGCCAAAUCAGUGACACACUUACCCCAAUUCCUGGCCGGCGGGAUUCGGAUGAUCACUACCGACUGUCAAACUCAUACAUGGAUCGCAACUCACACCUCAGCAUGUCGUCGUUGAUUCUUUUCCCACACCGCGCCUCUCCCACUGAGUCUCGGUGGUUGGACGAGAUCAUGUCUCGAUUCCCGGACCGAGCAGCCUCUAGCCAGCCCGAUUCAUCGACUGUUUCCGCCGACGGUGACGAUUCUGCGGCGACGGACUCGUUGAAAACGCAUUGGCCUAGAUAUGUCAAGUACUUCAACGGGAUGGACGCGCUCGAGAAAAUCGCGGUCCGCGAAGGCAUGCGGCGCAAGGUCGUAUGGCAGCUUCUACAGCGCUGGGGAGUGGGUGGUCAGUUAGUCGGACAGGAGCUGGAUCCACGAGAACAAGUGCUGGUGGCAGUGCGCCAUUGGUGA